GUGACCAUUAAGAAGAAAACCCAUUUAUUCAUCCAGCAAAGGGAGUGCCGGUGAAGGAUAAGUUCAAGACAAUCUAGAGAAUUUGGCAAAAAAAAAUAGAACAAAAUGCUGGCUUUUCUCGUAUGUGGGCUCACCCUUUUGUUCACACCUAACGGUAAGUUUGAAGAUGCCAUUAUGUUCUCCCGGCUCGAGGCUUUUUUGGACCUAAAAACAAUCCGUAUGAUUGUAUAACAUGAACGAAAAUAUACAGAAAAGUAGAUUCGACGCGUUUUUAUUUAUUCAGUGAAAUUAACUUUAACAGUUUUUCUACCCAACUGCCUAUAUACGAAAUUUAAAUUAUGGCACCCCAAUAGAUAUUUGAAACGAACGCAUCGAUCCCGCGUUGCGGUUGCUUGUGACAGCAUAAUUUACCCCGUUUUAAGCUAUAUCAACCAUUCAUUUAGUUGUUGGUAAUAAGACCUAUGCUCAGAGAGUUAUGUUUCAAAGCAAGCGCAGCUUGAUUAACAAAUAAUGCGUGGUCCUUUUUUAUUUUUAUUUUUUUGGCAAAGUUCAUGAACUGGCUUUUUCAGUCAUAUUUUAAGUAUCUAUUCUGCUCGCUUUUAAACGGUAUAUUCACAACAGUUUGGUGACACAAACUACAGUGGAGCCUUGAUAUAAUGAAUGACUAAGGGACUGCCAUGGAAAUAUGUUCGCUAUAAAUAUGUUUCCUUUAGAUAUCAAGGUUCUUUGCCAUAAAUUCUACUAUUACUGGGGCGAAGAAUAUCGCUCGUUAUUUAUGCCGCGCGACGAACCCGCGACGGCGAGGCGCAACGUGCUGUAGAAAGCUUCAUCAAACCGUGAGUAAAAUAGAUAUUUUGAGAAUGGACCUUUAGAGCCAGAGAAAUUAACGCAUUUUUGGUAAUUCAAAAAAAAAAAAUUAAAUGAUCAGAGAACUGUUCCAAGAUAUUAUUUGAUUGACGCUGUUGAGACGUUAUUUCCUUUUCAAGCAAGCCUUUAUUCAAUUGAUUCGUUGAGUAAAAAUUCGGGAAUUUUCUGUGUUUUUGAAACCUUCGUUUUGUUCUCUGACACAUAUUUAAUUCCUGUCAAAAUAUCUUUUACUUUUCUUUUCUUAGGAAUAAGGCGAUAGGAACAGAUAUUGACAAAUACUUUAAACGGGAGUUUUUCUCUGUUCAGUCCAGUCAGUAGCUUAGAAAGUCAAGAACACACCUUUUCUUGGAAGAAAAACGGUCGAUUAUCAUAAAUACAACAGUUUCUAAACCGCACGUCUUUCAUUAAAAUAACUCCCUUUAAUGGGAGCGAAUAAAACCAGACGUUAUCGAAUCCCAAAUACUGUGUAAAAAAAUCAGCCUUAGAAUAAGAUGCUAAUUUUAAACGCCGUAUGGGGUUGGUGUACUUGAAUUAAACUUUUUAAAAUAUAUCAAAGCAAGAUAUGCCCUUUUCGCGAUCAAAAAGCGUUGGGUUUCUUUUUCAUCAGUUGCCUUUUAAGUUUUUAUGAUAUAGUGGAAAAGUGUUAUUGGCCAGGCUUGUUCACUUAUGUUCAGGAUUUACAAAAUCAACGAUUUUUUGCGAUGGCCUUGCGCAAACUACAAAAUUUACAAAAUUAACGAUUUUUCGCCGAACGAAAAGUGGCGCUGCGGAUCUUACAACUGGUUCACCUUUGUUAUGCAAAAUAAAAACACAUGAUCCUCAAAGCGGCACUGUUGAUCUUACAAUUUUAACGGAAAUUGCAAAACUUAAAAAUUUCACGUUUUUUUCGCGAUUUUGUCACAACUGUUCUCCAAAUGUUAUGGAGAUAAAAACACAUCCUCCAAGCGUUGCUGCAGGUAUGCAUUCUUCUAUAACCGAAGUGCGUCGUGUAAAUUUUGAAAGCAAAAAGAGAAACACUAAGCCAAAGAAGCCUUGCGAUUUCGAAUACCGUAAAUGGCCUAAUAAACGCCCGGGCGUCUAUUUAAUUUUGGGGGUCUAAGCAGGGAAGUUUAAUAAAUAGGAGGCGUUUAUUUUGUUGUUGUUGUUGUUUUUGUUUUUGUUUCUAGCUUGUAAAAUAAGAGAUACCGAGCCAGGCGAAAGCUAACUGAGGUAAAAAGAGAAAACGAUGGGGGGUGGUGAAAAGAAGUUUCUCGUUUGACAUCUCGCGUGGCUUUAAAACCGAAAACGAAAAACACUGCAAACAAGUAGAGUUGUUGCCAGCAAAGUAGCAACAAAUGGGGAUGCCGAAGUAGACAAGGACUGCAAUUUAAGCUUUCGUUCGCAACCGAACGCGUCCGGGGUUUGCUCCCCUAAGCGAUUUUUUUUGUCUGGGAUCUCAAUCUUUAAUAUUUUCUGUUGAAACUGAAGUCACUUGCAGGUGAUCUCUCAAAACCUCCUCAACAGCCUGGGCCGGCAUGGAGUCAUACUCGAGUGUUUACACGUAGGUGUAACUCGACCUGAUGUUUAAUCAAUAGGGGAAAGGAGGGAGACUUAUAAAAGAGAAUGAGAGAGGCCGAGCAUAAAGGUUCGGAAUAAAAUAGAGUUACUGAUAAUGAAAUGUAUAAAUUGACUGCUUUCAGAGUGAAUAACUCAGCAAGUUUGACUUUUGGAGAAUCUUCAGUGGAGAAUUAAAAUAUUAAAAUAUUUUAAUUUCCUUUUUUCCCUUAUAAUGUAAAACAACUUUUUCAGCUUUUUGAGGGUUGAAACCUACCCAAGACUUCUCUGGCAGUACAACCAGGAAUUGAUCUCUAGUCUUCCAAGAUACCUUUAGAAACUAAAACAAUAGUCAGCUACAACAGUUUUUAAUUAUCAGGAAUAGCCAAGUGUCGUGUUGAAACUAGGCUUGCCUUCCCUGGACAAAUAAAUAAAAUCGCUAUCAUUUAAUACCAGCUAUGAAAAAACUGCAACAUCUUUUACACUUACAUGUGGGAUUGAACUACUAAUUCUAAUUCUUCUUAAUAACCAAGACAAAGUAACAUGAUAUCUGACACGUAAGACAGAUAAUGAUCUUGAUCUUGAGUUGUGUCUUGUCUCUCGUCAAUAGCGUAACUUUACAAUUUUAGUCAAGAAACAAAAUUACUUUUUUUUCCCAACCGUCCGAAAGAAGCUCUUGGACUUUCCUCUGCUAAACGCCCUCGAAGAAGACAUUUUGAAGCGGACUCACUGUUAUCUACUUCGAGCUCUGUCAUUUUAAGCAAGAUUGCGAAGUUCGCGUGUAAAUAUUUAAAUACUGAUAUGAAACAUCUCAGCACCGUUGGCCCUCCAAUAAAUUCAGCCUUGAUUGUCAUAGUUCUGGCAAUAGGACCUCAUUCCAAAUAAUCGGAGCACAGUCAACAGUGUGUCAACAGCGAUUGAUAGCAUGACUUGAAUGGUGAAUUAAAAAAAACAUGGCAUGCUAGUGGUCCGCCUACAAUAAAAAAAGAAAAAAUGUAAUUGCGACAAUAUUCUGAGAACCUUAACGCCUCAAUACACCACAAAACAGGACUUUCCCGCUAUAAUGUUUCCUCAUCGAGGUAUUUCCUUUUUUAUACUACUACAUGAAAAAUUACUGCAAUUUGAUUGGCUUAGAGCAGUGGUAUUUCAGCUUAAUUUGAAAUACCUACAUGUGAAGAUUACAAACCUUUUGUGGGUAGUAGUAUAAGCAAAUAAUAGCAUGAUUUGGACAUGUAUGUGAUAUUUGGCAUAAAUACCACUUGUGAUAUUUCAAAAUUGUCUCAAAUUUCACUCCCCUAACGGUUCGUAUAACAAUUUCGAAAUAUCACUCGUGGUAUUUAUGCCAAAUAUCACUACAAAUCAUGCUAUUACCUAUACUAAUACCCAUGCAUAAAUACACGAAAAUCAAGGGUCUCGAAUCGGGGAGAAUUACAUCAUUGCCAAACAGUCAUUUCAGUCAUCGCCGAAAAUAAACCGCAUGCUGGCAUCACGAGACUCGUUUGCACACAACAAAAGCCGUCACGAUUCAUAUCCCCAGUUUCCACGGUCUCCGCUAGGAACGCCUGGGACCAUUGCCGACCAAUUGAGGAAGACCGACGAAAAAACAAAAAACGCGUGCAUUUUUAGAGUCUCGCUCUGUCAAACAAGCUCGACUAAUAACCAAAACGAAACAUAAUUUGCCACGCGAGUAACAUGAUAUCUGACACGUAAACAGAUAAUGAUCUUGAAUCUUGAGCUGUGUCUUGUCUCUCGCCAAUAGUGUAAUGUUACAAUUUUAAUCAAGAAAGAAAAUUGCCUUUUUCUUUUUAUACAAUCGUCCGAAAUCAGCUCUUGGAUUUUCCUCUGCUAAACGCUCUCACAGAAGACUUUUUGAAGCGGACUGUUAUCUACUUUGAGCUCUAUCAUUUCAAGCAAGAUUGCAAAGUUCGCGUGUGAAUAUUUUAACACUCUAUGAUCAUGAAACCGUUGGCCCAAUAAAUUCAGCUUUGAUUGUCAUGGUGCUGGCAUAGAAGUCAUAUUACCAAUAAUCGAAGCACUGUGAACAGCAAUUGAAAGCAUGACUUGACUGGUCAAUUAAAAAACAUGACAUGCCACUGGUCCAGCUACAAUAAAGAAGAAAAAAUGUUUGUUAUACUUACUAAUCGAAUCGAUCAAAAACAAACAUCAGUAGCUGAAAACAAACUUUUCUCUUUAGAGAAAUACGUACUUCGAAAUAAUUCACCCAAUUUGCCAGUAGCCAGGAAUGUUCUCAGUCCUAGUUCAGUAUGAACAGGAGGAAAUUACGCGUCACGAUUGUUACCCUAAAAAAACGAAAAACACAUUUUAGUCAUCUGAGUUAUUGAACCGUGGGCACAAAGACAACGACAAGGACAACGACUUAAAGAUGCUGUCGAAUACCGAAUAGCUAAAGAUUUUUAUCAUUGUUGUAGAUGGUCGAAUCAUCAUUAUUCACGAGGUUAUCUCGUGCGAUUCUACUUUAAUAAAAUACGUUUCAAUAACUAUAUAAUACUUAGUAAGCAGAAAAGAUGUAUCAUCUUGUUCACUUAUUCAUUUUUUUUUUUUUUUUUUUUUUUGCCGGAACGAAAAAGGUCUUUUGAACUUUGUAAGCGAGAGAAUAAAGCUUGUUUACAGGAUUAACAAUACUCGGUACAACUUCCAAAAAAAUCAAGCUUCCUUUCAAACAUCUAAAACCACAAUUUAUAGGCCGCAUACUUUCGAAUUAAAGUCUAUAUCUAACUAUCAAUUAUUGUUUCAAAGGAAGAGCUUUGAAAAUAUGUGAUCUUUUAUACUUUACCUUGAAGCAGGUGAAACAGAACUCAUAAAUACGUGCGUUGUACCGUUCGCGAUAGCCGUAUGCGGUCAGAAAUGUCUUGAAGCAGCAUCCACACUAAAAUAUGAACCCUUAAACAGCUGCAUCACUGUACAUAGCGUUUGAAUCAUGAAGAUAUUUAAUGUAAUGCUUCUAAACACCUGUAGCCGUAAUAAAAGACGAAAACAUUGUGAAGAAUCAAGAUGGCGGUCUCAAAGUGCCUUUGUUUGACCUUUAGCAAUGCUAUGUUUAAUAGAUGCCAAGAUCUGAUUGGUUCCUACGCAUUAACUCAUAGUACCUUCAACCUUAUUGGCUCUUGCAACGAACAUCGGAAGAUACAAAGCCGCAAAGAUACAUACGCUCACACCACUGACAUAUGAGCUAUUUUUUCAAAAUAGCUCAAAAACGGAUCGAAAUCCACCAAUCUAAAUCACAAACCAUGAACGUUUUUUCUAUGCAGUGAGGUCCGCUAAGCUGUGAAGGCGAGAAAGCGCCGAUUUGGCGUUGCAGAAAAACCCAAAAUCCAAAGGCGUUUCAUUUUUUACAUGAUAUCCGAAACAGCUGUAAGCCAAGGAAACUUUGCAAUAUCGAAUACCGUAAAUGACAUAUUAAACACCCUGGGCAUCUACUUAAUUUUUGGAGUCCACAAAGGGGGGUUAAAUAGAUAGGAGGCGUUUAAAAGAGAAGGAGGGGCGUUUAUUCUCAAAACUGUAACAAGCUCAACAAAACUAAUAUGCUUUCGGCAAAAAUAUCAAGGGGGUUAAAAAAAUAAAGGAAUAUCCACUCCAUCAAUUCAGAUACCUCUAGGUCGUCUACGGAUCCAUAUCGCUCUUUUCAUGAUCCCAGCAUCGUUGUCAGAAUCCUCUCUCAAGCCCGGUUUUCACUAGCGCAUAAAAGUUAGCAUAUAGGCACAAGCACAUGUGUAAGCAAGUGAGAACACUUGUGGUGAUGCUUAUGCUUAUGUGUUAGCUUUGACUAGUGAGAACGGGGUCGACAUAUGCACAAGCAUAAGCAGAAGACAUCGUCUUCGUCCGCCAUCUUCUUUAUCAUCGGGUUGAGGAGAGCUGGUAUCGAGAAUUGAGUCGAAUAACCAUUCUGCGCGUGCGUAUGUCCUUAUGCUUGUGCUUAUGCUUAUGCUUAUUCUUAUGCGCUAGUGGAAACCAGGCUGUUGUCAUGUCUAUCCUAAAUUUGAACUUGAUAUUGAGCAAGAUGAAAUACGCAAAGUCUUGUUAAUCAUGCAAGGAACAUGAUUUGCGUUUUUUUUUUCUGCUGAUUUUGUUGUUGUUUUUUGUUUUUGGUACUAUCUCGUAAAGAAAGAGACACAGCCACGCGAAAGCUUAACUGAGGUAGAAGAGAAAACGAUGGGGAAUGGGGAAACGAGGUUUCUCGUUUGACAUCUCGCGCGUCUUUAAAACCAAAAACGCGUGAACACUGCAAAAGAAAUCAACAUCCGACAUAGGCUUGGAGAAAUUUUAUGUGGAUAUUGCGGCUUGUAUAUUUAAGCUUGUUAAAGUCCACUUACUUCCCAAUGUUUAUGGUAAAGCUCUUCAGCUGUCAAGACUUCCCCGCAUGCAUUGCUCGCCCGGCAUGUAAGGUACUCCAAGACAGUCUUGCUUAGAUUCUAAAUUUCUCGCUAGGGAUUCCAGAUUCCAGGUGCUAGAUUCCGGAGUCUUUGUCAGUGAAACUUGGGUUCCAGAUUCCAAUUUGGAUACCAUGAUUAAAUUAAGAUACCAGUAAUAGUAGUAGUAGUAGUAGUAGUAGUAGUAGUAGUAGUAGUAGUAGUAGUUUAUUUAUAAAAUACAGUUAGUUAGAGUUCAUCAGAAGUUUAAUGAUUUCAGUAGUCGGUUUCCUUUCAAUGUCAGCUACAAUCUCGCUGAUUUUGCGUAAGAAUACCUUCCCGUCAGCGAAUAGUAUUCCUGACAUUGAAACAAGAAAUGAUUUUCAUCUUCGCUUUGUUCGGACUUACACAGUGGACAUAAUCUAUUCCCUAAGCAUAUGUUCGAUCUGAUAUCUUCCAAGUGCAAUCAUAAGUUUGUGGUUCGGCUUAUUUUAUACUUCACUAAUCUUCUCCUUUCACUAAAAUUUCUUAACUGAUAUAAAUAAUCGGAUGUAGAGUAUUCAUAUUUAAAAACUUUAUAAAAUUAUAAUUUCUUUGAGUGUUCAAGGCUGAGUAGCCAGAAAGGUAUACAUUUCUCGUUCAUAUUCAAUCGGAUGUUGAGUAUUCAUCUUUAAAAACUUUAUAAAAUUAUAAUUUCUUUGAGUGUUCAGGGCUGUGUAGCCAGAAAGAUAUAUAUUUCUCAUUCAUAUUGAUUGUGUAUCGCCUAAUUUUAUCUAUUCCUAAAUAGUUAGGAUCUAAACUGGAUGGACUGUUUUGUUCUACCGUGUUAAUGAAAUUGGAGUAAAAUCCAGACUUAUUCAGUUAACAGAGUGAAGAUUCUUCGACAUAAGGAAACAUUAUAUUGUUUAACUACAGAGUCAUUAUCUUUGUUGUUUAAAUAAAUCAAAUAUUUCAUAAUUUUCUCUUUAAUUUGUAUUAUUAGUGGUAAUCUUCCAAGCUCAGCUCUGCAAGCUAAAUUAGAGGCCUUAAUGUUCACCUCAAAGUAGCGUUUACAAAACUGGAGAUGAAUUUUUUCAGAUGGGGGACCUGUUCCAUGUUUUAAAACGUCUUGCUUAGUGUACAUCCCCCAUACCUCAAUGUUGUAACUUAAUACCGGAAAAAUUAUCGUGUAGAAAAUCUGGGAUGCGGUAUUGGAAUGAAGUCUAUUAAGGAGGGUAUGUUUCCGUAUACUGAAGAAGGCAGGUAGAGCUUUCUCUUUUAAGCGUUCAUGUGCAAGAGUAAAGUUUCCAGUUGGAAUUAAACGUGUACCUAGGGUGUAAUGUUGAACAAUUGCAAUGUGCUCGUUUGCCUAUUUUAAAGUUGUUGUCAACAGAUUUCCUUGGGCGUUUUUUGGAAUAUCAUUAUUUUUAAAAGUAGGUUGAGUUUGAUCGUCCGGGUGACAGUGACUGACGUUUCGACAGCCUGUACGUUUUCAUCUUCAGAAUCAGAGUGAGUUGUCGAGUUGAGUAGUAUUGAUUCGAUUUAGGGCCCUCCUUCCGAUAAGCGCCCCCCUUCGAACGUGUUUUUGUUAAUACGCGCCCCUAUUCUGCUACGCGCCCCUAUUCUAAUCAUUUAUUUUAAUAUUAGAGUACGGGUACGUCGUAUCAAUCGAGUUUCAUCUCCCUCUAAUUGCUCACAAACGAAGGGUAAUGCCACAUUACAAAAACAGUGGUCUUCGUCUGAUUUUCUCAGCUAUUAUGUCCAUAGUUGCAUACAUGUGAGUGCACAAAUUCUUCAAACGAAUGAUCUCUUCUUCAAAUUUUCUGGCGACUGCUCGGCUGGUAAUUGAUGCGAGUGACAAUGACGCUAUCGACGUCGAAUAGAUUAACUCGUGAACAGUUACCGUUACAUUGAGCAAUUAGGGAGCUUAAGCAACAACGAUGGUGACGGCUACGAAAUGUGAAUUCGUGAAUUCACGCUGCCUCGAGCUUUAUCGCGCUUAUUCCAUCUCGUUUAAUUCGUCAAAUGUUGGCGAAUUUUUUUGGAGUUGAAUUCUAAAGGACUGUAUGACUGUUCACGAAAAGAAAAAGAAAGUUGUUGUCUUGUGUUCCCGUCCUCGACAAAACGUGAAAUUAGACACUUUCACGUCGUAGUCGUGCAACGACGGCUAAGAAAUGUACAAAAAAGGUUGAUGCACGUGUAGACUACGAGUAGUCCCCCAUUUUUCCUCAGGGAUAGUAGAGCGAGCGAAACGCGAGCGCGCGUGAAAAUCACCCCACGCGAGAAAAGGCGACACGCGUGUCGCCUUUUCUCGCGUGGGGUGAUUUUCACGCGCGCUCGCGUUUCGCUCGCUCUACUAUCCCUGAGGAAAAAUGGGGGACUACUCGUAGUCUAAUGCACGUGUGAAGCUGUUGUUUUGCUAAUAUAAACCUACUGCCCUUUUGCCGUUCUCGUUGUCCUCGCUGUCAUCGUUGCUUAAGUUCCCUAUUAUUUUAUUUCCACGCGAGAAGGAUCCUUUGGACGGGAUCAACAAAUUGGACGUCGAAGAUACCGCACCAGAAAACUUUUAUUUACGUUAUUGAUGUAAGUGACACUGUCAAAGCUAUCGGCGUAAAAAUGGAUUCAAAUUCCCUCACGUUAACUGAACAUUCACCGUAUAUAUUGACUAUAUUUUUUACUGUUACAGUUUCUGUUAUUGUUCCUUUUCGUCAUAAAUAUUAAAGUAUUGUUUUAAACAUUCGUUUCUCCAAAAAGAAAUAAUCGCUCUGCCUAUUACAAUCAAAAUAUAAAACAAACAACACUAAUAAUAAACUAAAAAAUUCAGCUACAUUACUAACAAUGAAUCACGUAUUUUCAUACAGGAGGAAAUAAACUUCAUAUUUAACUUAUUUACAGUUGUAAUAGUAGGAGUAGUAGUAGUAUGUAGCAGUAGUAGUAGUAGUAGUAGUAGUAGUAGUCGUCGUCGUCGUCGUCGUCGUCGUCGUCGUCGUCGUCGUCGUAGUAGUAGUAAGGCAGUUACGUUGUUGUUGUUGUUGGUCAAGUAGUAUGUUUUGUUGUUAUUGUUUCAAUAUACGAAAAGCAAUUCAAAGGAUUUGCUAUUUUUUUACGCAGCAUUGUCUCUCAAGUGUCAAUCCUGUGGCCCUGGUGACGCUCCUUGUGAUGGUCCUAAUGUAAGAAGCAUCAACUGUGAGGCCUUUGCAGAUCGCUGUAUGACUGUUACCAUGAUAAAGAAUCUUACGAUUGGGGGGCCACAAACCGUUAUAAUUAAAAAUUGUUCACAUUCUACAAUGUUUUGUCAAGAGGAUGGCGCCGCCUAUCGUAAGUGUCAUACACAAGGCAACUUUACGCGGAGGGCCUGUGGUGUAUACCACCCCGAAAGAGGGUCCCACCCUAAAAAUAAACGGGCGAUCCUCGGGAAAUAUUAAACGUAGUUAACCAUAUUAAAACUUAGCCUGUGCUGCAGACGAAACCAAACUCUGAUUAAGCCCGUCUGCGAAACAGCGCUGGAAUCCUUGUUCUUCCCCUCCGUCCUGUGUACCAGGAUUUGAGUAAGUGCCAGGAUUGGUCAUUGUCAAUUUGCCAAUCAAGAUUAAAGGAAAUUCGAAACGCACUCCCGGUAAUCAGUUGAGUCCGUUGGAGCCGCAGAACAAGGAUAUCGGCGCCACUUCGCAGACGUUUCUAACCGAGGUUAACUUACGUCCUCAACACAGGCUAAUUCAAACUGGGCUUUUUGGGGGUAUUCCUAAGACCGGGGGUACUUCGGAGGCCCCCCUCUAUAACUUAAAUACCGCUAACCGGAUACGUCCAGCAAAACUUACACAACAUAAUGUACUUGCCAUCUCCAGCAUCAAGAUAUAAUUUGAUUGACAAAAAGACGAAGUAUGAAAAAAAAAUCGGCAAAAACGGCCCUAUUUAAGGAUGGAGACCCUCAAAAACCACACCCUAUCUAGCGGCACAUAUCUAUCUAGCCCAUAUAUGGGAAUACCCUUCCCCCCCCGGAGCUAGAUGCAACAACACUGGCGACCCUAACGAACGGAUAAGAACGUAUAAAAUCCCAUUUGUUAUAUGGCAUCAUUGAGCUUUUUUUUCAAAAGCUCAAAAAGGGUAAGGAUAAAGGUUAAGGUUUAUAAAACUAUAACAACAGAGCUCGAUUCUGUGAGUAUAUAGAAAGCGGAACAGCUGUCUAUAGCCAUGGAAGGAAAAUUGAAAAAAAAGAACCUGUGGUAUGUGAAAGGUUGAGGGUUUCUCCGGCAGGUGCUGUUCAAGGCCCUAUACAAAAUUCUUUUGGUAACCACCUUCCCCUCAUCGAUCCCUCGGUUUAUACUACAAGUAUACAUUAUAAAGGGCCCUUUUAGGCUCUAAUACCCCAAACAAGGUAGCUUCAGGGCUCAAAAUUCAAAAGAGACAAGACGAAAAGCUCUCCUGUUAAUUGAAUAGGGAACUACCACCUCCUCCACUUAAUAUAAAUGAGCCGCUAGGAAGGUAUGGAUUUAUCUUAUUUUCACUAAUGUUACUCAGGCUCGAGAAACUAGAGAAAAUAAGGAGCGCAAACUCUUACUAGCCUGUUGAGAGUCGUUUCAGAGCGAGCAAGGAAAAUUUCUCUAAAACCUUUCUUGCGAAGCCUGGAAUCAUGUUGUUCCGCUCCUACUCCGCGCAAAAGCUGGGGCUGAUUUCUUGACGUCAUCGUACUUAUACCGGAUAUUGUGCGAGCUAGAAUAGCAGGAAAACUCCCAUAAACUGAGAAGGUAUUGCAAUGUCUCUAGCCAGUUGCUGGGAAUUAAUUUUUCCUCCGAAGUGUCUCGGCUUUACCGCGAUGCCCGUGUGGAAAGAUUCAAAGUACUGUAUUUUUGAGAAUUAGGUACAAUGCAGUGCAGUUCAAAAUGCCUAAAUAUUCAUCUUUAUCUCUUCCUCUUUCGUUUAUUCUUGCAGCUUGCAAGCCAGAACGACUUCCAAAUGGAACAACGUGUAGAAUUAACUGUUGCGAGGGAGAUAUGUGCAACCAAGGAUCGUCUGAGGUAGUUGCGCCAACGGCAACGGUUACUAAGCCAGCGGCAUCCAGCGACGUGUCAACAAAUGUUUCGUUGUCAAGCAACACGACAACCCCCACCCCUGAGGUCAAUGAACCUCCAUCCGCUGGCGUCCCAGAAUUCAGUGCUGUUUUUAGUUCCAUUUUUCUAGGAUUUAUGGCGGCGUUUUUGGCCACAUUAGGCUAAAUUAAUCUGUGAAACUGUUAAGCUUGUUGGCCAGUUGAUAAGAAAUAUUACAUUCCUUUAGAAUACGAGGCCACAAAACGUGGACUAUACUAUAGUAAAAUGACGAAUUAGUUGUAAUGUUGUACGUCAAGGCAACGUAAAUAGAUUAAAUGUAUUAGAAAGCUACGGCAAAGAAAAAGGUGCAGAUUUAAGGUAGCCGAACUGUAGUCUCCGAAAAUGCUUUAUCCCCUUUCAUACAAUGUGGUGAAUAUUACGCGCGCUGUGAUUGGUCGUUGCCAAUGAUCUUUAGAGUACAGACACGUGGAUGACGUUUCAAGAAACCCGGUUCAACACGGCACGCGGUUUUGAAAAUGCCCAGUAGUUUUUAGUGGAAAUUUAUUAAUAUUUUCGUCGCCUUUGACAUAUGGCUUGAUUACAGUGAUAGCACAAGUGUUGAGUAUGCGUACUUAGAUGGCAAUGUGAGAGCUAGUGUUCUGUUGCAAGUCAAUUCAAUUUUAUUUAAACUCAUACAGAAUAUUAAUACAAUUCCGUGCCCUUAAAUAUAAAUUGAAAAUAAAAGAUUGCGAAGAGGGAAAACACAUUCUUCAAUUCUAGGUUCAUUGCGCAGAGUUUGGGACACCUAAGUAGUUCGUAGUAGAUGACCCAAAACAAGAAUACGAGUUGAAGGAAUAUGGUGACAAAAUAGUGGUUUUAGAUAAAAAGUAUUACUUCAUGAAUUAAAUAGUACUUAAAGUAGUUAAACUUCAGGGAUUGAUAACACUAUUAUAACCAUCAAUCAUAGAAUUCUUGAUAUUUUGACGAUAAAGAAUUCCAACGGUUGGUACCAGUGUAAAGGAGAGACGAAUGCCGUAUUGAGUGGCAUGAACCGAUUUAAAAAAACAGAUUAUCAUUCUGUGAUUGACAAUCAAGAAUUGAGGAAGAUGAUCAGAGAUUUGUGAGACUAGGUUACCACCCAUGGCAUUCAUAGCAUAAAUAUACAAUCAAUGAGGGUUGCCGAUCCUUCAGUAAUACGUGUUGCUUCCAUAGGCAAUAUAAGCAGACGACAGUCAAAACUUUUGCGAAAUAUGGCAGACUGAAAUCCUGUUCAUAUUGCACUUCAUCCACUGAAGGCGUCAAAGUAAAUGUUGACCAAGGGAGUUUUGUCACACAAUCAAAUUCUCGUGAAAGUUAUUUCUAAAAAAUUUCAAAAACUGUUUGUUACAGUUCAGUUCAGUUUUUUUUUUUAAUGAGAG